ACUAUCUCCGUAUAUUAUAUCUCUCACCCGAAAACAUACCUUCAUCUCAUUUCUUCCCAGCUCAUCCAACCCUAAUAAGCACACAACCUCAUCCCCCCACACAUAUACAUACAAUACAUACACAUAUAACAGUGUUAUAUUCGUGUAUAUAGGCUUGUUUUUAUUUCUCUCUUUAACCAAAAUCUCACCUUAAUUUAUCACCCUUUUACCCUUCUUUUCGAUCCAUCCACCUCUUUUUACAGUUGAAAAACAGAAUAAAGGUGUGAUUUUAAUCAAGUUGAAUUGCGAAAAAUGGCUGGAGGUGGGAAUCGGAAGGAUGAUUCUGUUGUUUUGAACAGCACUAAUGUGUUUGCAGCUCUUGGAACUCUAAGGAAGAAGAAGAAGUCUGAUAAGGAGCAAGGAUCUUCGAAGAGCGGAAAAAGUGGUUCGAAGAAGAAGCAGGAUAAGAAUGAGCCUGAGCCUCAAGUGUUUUGGGCUCCUGCCCCUCUAACUACUAAGUCUUGGGCUGAUGUUGAUGAUGAAGAUGACGAUGAUUAUUAUGCCACAACUGCUCCGCUGCCUGUUUGGGCUGGAAUGGAAGGCGAUCAGACUGAGAAGGCUAAAGAGAGCUUAACCCCUGUUGAGGAAAGUGAAAGUGAAGAAGAAGAGGUUGAUGAUGAAAAUGAAGAGGAGCAUGAACAUGAGGUUGAAGUGCCAGCAGAGAAAGAGCCUGUUGUUGAGAAACCUGUGGAGGCACCUAAAGACACUGACAGGCAACUUUCUAAGAAAGAACUCAAGAAAAAAGAGCUUGCUGAACUUGAAGCUGUUCUUGCAGAAUUGGGUUAUCCAACAUCCGAGGCCAGUGGCCAAGAAGGCUCCCGUGGGACUGCACAAGAGAAGAAGGCAGAGAACCCCAAUGCUGACCUUGAGAAGAAGGAAACUAAUGCACCAAGUGAGAGCAAAAAUGCAAAAAAGAAGAAGAAGAAAGACAAGGCUUCAAAAGAGGCUAAAGAACAAGCUGAUCAAACUAAUGGUGCGGAGUCUGGAAAUGCUAAAGAUGAAACUGCUGGAACUGAGAAAGCUGAUCUUCCAUCCGGUGUUGAUGUGAAAGCAAUUAAGAAAGUCGCUUCCAUGAAGAAGAAAAAAUCAAGCAAGGAGAUGGAUGCAGCUGCGAAAGCUGCUGCGACUGAAGCUGCUGCUAGGAGUGCAAGGUUGGCUGCGGCAAAGAAAAAGGAGAAGAACCACUACAACCAGCAGCCUGUGCGCUAAAUCAUUUUGUGAGUUCGAUGUCAGAAUGUAUCCUCUUUGUUCAUUUGUGGAAAUGAAACAAUAAACAAAAGAGUCUGGUUUUGCUGAGAUGCUUUUGACAUAGCAGCUUUUUAUUAUCUUGCAGAGGAAAAAAUUAUGGAACUUAUAGUUAGGAUUAAGUAGGUUUCUGCAAUGUUUUUCAUCUUUCGUUUUGCUGAACAGUCUUUCCUUUUCUUUCUUUCUUUCUUUUUUUUCUGUAGAAACUAAAUGGAUGUUACUCAAUCAUACCUUUUUUGGCUCCAGUUAUUUGCUGGUUUCUUUGGA